UGAGGGUAAUAAUACAGCUAAUAAUACUGAUGGAAUAGGAGAGAAAGCAAGGCGAGGUCAUGCUGUCUUACGUGAGCUUGCUGUUCAGCAAGUGCAUCGAAACAUCCGCACAAUGGAGAAUCUAAUGAGUAGUAGAAAUAAGAGACAACGAUUAGAGUUUGACAUUGGAGAUUACCUUAGAGUUAAUAUCCCAAGGGUAGAUAGAACAGUUGCUGAUCUAGAGAGCAUAAGUGCAGAGUUCCCUGAACUCGAGAACAUACCAGAUAAACGAAUCUCCCUAAUGGAAGCAGCAAAGAUGCAGAGUUCAGCGACAGUCACGGGAGCUCUCUGCCGUUGUAAAUCUAAAUGUGAUAGUAACAGGUGUCCUUGCAAGCGAACUGGCACCGGCUGUGGUUCAAGAUGCCACCCUUCACAACUUACGUGUAUGAAUCGCAGUAACUAG